AUGGUUUUCCCGUUUUCGGCAUGGCAUCUUGACUCGCUCACCGGUUUGCUUGGUCUUCGAUGGCGCUCGAGGGGCAGUCAUAGUAGGCUAUCCAAGAAUGGAGACCUACGUUCCGAGAGACCCAUUAUUGAUCAUGUAUGGCAGGCGGCGUCAGCCAUCGGGGGUCUUGUCCUUUUCUCUGUCCCAACAAUCAAAGAUAACCUCUACGAAAUUUUCAUCCGCCUCCACCAAGGCAUGGCAAUAUUGUCCAUCUACGGUAUUUGGGAACACUUGGCUGCGCAGUCGGUCUUUGCGCGCCUGCUGCUCUACGUAUCGGUUGGCGCAUCUGCUCUGUCUCUACUAUUGCUAUCUGGCCUGGUUAUCUACCGCAACGGACUUCUAUUUCAUGGCUUCCCUCGGACAUCAAUCAGCAACUCCGGCGACGUGAUCAUUAUUGAAUUGAGACUGUCACGUCCUGUCUUCGUCGACGCCGGACAGUCUAUAAGUCUGUGGAUGCUCACUCCCUCGGCGAAGCUUCGAUCACUGUGGCAAACCCACCCCUUUGUGGUCGCGUCGUGGUCUGCCUCGCCUGCCGACACGCUUCAUUUGUUGGUCGAGCCUCGCUCGGGCUUGACCGAAAAACUCCUCCAGUUCAGUAAAAUGCAGAAGGUGCAGCAGACUUGCCCUGCCCUCUUUGGUGGUCCGCACGGCAUGAGCGUCCCCGUCACUGACUACGAUGUUGUCCUCAUGGUAGCCAGUGGUUACGGCAUCGCAGCGCAGCUACCCUACUUGAAAAAGCUCAUUUACGAAUUCAACAGUCGUAAGGCCCGUACUCGCCGCAUUCACCUGGUGUGGACGCUGGACACCAUUGAACUGGCCGUUGCUAUCAAGCACCUACUGGAUAGUGCACUGAGAGAGGAUACUCUAGAUGACGGAUAUAUCUUGAAGAUUUCAAUAUUCGUCCGGCACAUAUCUCAGGGCCAUGACAUAAGUUCUCGAGCUACGAUCGCGAAGGGCGCUCCUGAUUUCAAUGCGAUCAUUCGAGAGGAAGUCGAAGGCAAGUACAUUCGAAGAGUCCAGGACAAUGAGAAGGGAAGGGAGGCAUGA